UGACAAAAUGGAACCCACCAGCAGUGUGAGGAGACCUGAAAGUGGCACAUGGCAGAGUGUGGCGAUGGAGACAGCAGCAAUGGGAGGCCGUACAGGGACCCAUGACACACUCUGGACCUGGCAGCAGCAUGAGGAGGCGGUACAGGGGCCCAUGACAGAUUACGGGCCUGGCAGCAGCAUGAGGAGUCGCAGCAAUGGGAGGCCAUACAGACCAAUGACAAAAUGGAACCCACCAGCAGUGUGUGAGGAGACCUGAAAGUGGCACAUGGCAGAGUGUGGCGAUGGAGACAGCAGCAAUGGGAGGCCGUACAGGGACCCAUGACACACUCUGGACCUGGCAGCAGCAUGA